UUCUUAUUGCUGGUGUUAUCUUAAGUUGCAGUCUGUUUGGCCUCUCAGGGCUGCCGUAGAGGUUGCUCUUUUUGAAAAACUCUGAGGAGAUCACUGUAGUCGUGUCCAAAUUCAUGGGCUGCAUCCUCCUGAGGACCCGGCCUUCGCAGUCUACGUGGGCCUCAGAAGGUCGGGUAGGCCGGAAGUAAACGGCUGUGAAAUUGGACGGUCUAGCCUUCAAGAUCUACUCCCACCCUUAAUUCCGAGUAUUUCCAGUCGUCAGCGCGAAAAGCGAAAAUGGACCCUGAAAUCUUGCUCCGUUUUUUUUGUACAUUUUUAAUUAUCGACGAGCUACAAAAACUGUGUCGCCAUCGUCAUCGCCGGCAUGUUUUGUACCGCAGGCUCAUCAGAGACAAUCAUAUCCAGGUAAAACUAUUAAUCUAGACGCAUUUAGGAAUUACUUAGCUAGUUUUAUGGAUAAUUUCAGUGACUGAAUGAUGGCGGUCAUUCAAUAUAUAUGAACAAAAUCUCUUAGAAAAUGUUCUUCUAUAAGUUUCACUUUAUCUUCAAUUAUUCAUAUGAUCCUGUUACUUAUUCGUGUACAUAAAAUGGCAGUAAAAUUGUCAGAAAGCUGAAAACAGGGUUAUUUUUGAGUUCACAAAAAAGCUUAGCUACACAGAUGAAAUGUAUAAAAUGUCUUUUCUCAGUGUUACUAUAUUUUACUCAAGCUUAGUAAUCAGAAUAAUGCUUUGAUGUCAUAAAAUAAAUGAAGUCAUAGCUUUCUAUUAAAACUGUUUAUGCUGUUCUCCACCUUUUUCCUUAACCAAACAAUGCCGUUGUACUGCAGGAUUAACCCAAGUGUACCAGUCCUGGACCGUUUUUUUUACCAGGAGGAUCCAAGGCCUGAUUUUCUGCUAAGCAGGGAGUCUCUGGCAGUGUUGCUAAAUCUCCUAAACCAGGAUUGGCGGCAUGGAUGGGGUGCCACAAUUGAGAUCCUGGUGUUUCUUUUCUGGUUGGCAAGUGGAGCAUCCUACAGGGUGGUCUCAAGAGUGUUUGGGAUGCCUUGUUCUACUGUCCACUACAUCGUCCACCAAGUCACAAAAGAGGUGUUGGCCAUUCGCUACCAGGUCAUCCACCUCCCAACGUCCCCAGAGGACCUGGAGGUAGUGCCCCGUGGGGUUGCAGGGCUGGCAUGCCACAGAGCCUUUAUGAAAGCGGUGGGUGCAAUCGACGGCUGCCACAUCCGCAUCAAGUGUCCAAGUGGCCCUGAUGGUCAGUGCUAUAGGAACAGAAAACUGUUUCCAUCCAUCAUCUUGCAGGCGGUUUGUGACCAUAGGGGCUGCUUCAUCGACACGUACGUGGGCUGGCCUGGGUCGGUGCAUGAUUCCAGGGUGCUCCGCCACAGCCCACUGUACAGUCAGUCAGUCUACCCUCCUCCAGGGCAUUUCAUCCUCGCAGAUGGAGGAUACCCAUGCCUCCAGCGUCCACUCCCCCUCAUCACACCCUACAAGAGGCCAGUCCAAGGUGUGGGAGCCCAGCGCUUUAACAGCCAUCAUUCCAGGGCACGCUCCAUCAUAGAGCGUGCUUUUGGGAUGAUGAAGAACAGGUUCAGGGCCAUCUUCCUGCAAGCGCUGGAGGUGCACCACGCCUUUGUACCUCAUGUCAUAACAGCAUGUGCCGUCCUCCACAACAUCUGCCUCAGUGCUGGUGACAUUGUGGCUCCUGAGGAUGAACCUGAGGAAGAUGGAGCAGAGGAUGAUGAGGGGGAGGCUGGUUUGGAGGCACUCAGUGGUGCUCUUUUACGGGACCAGCUGUCUGCCGAGGUGUCUGGCCUGGAGGAGGUACCACCAGAUCAUGACUACUGUUAACAGGCAAGUAAACAUUUAUCUAGGCAUCUUUUUUAAUAGCACUUUUUCAAACUGUUGUCUGCUACAGAGUUACAAGUAUUAUACUAGUAGUAAUAUAGAAUCCACUUUCUCCGGUUUGCAUAUUUCUGAAAAACCUCUUAGUGGUGUGGCAGCCGUUGAUUGAGCCAGCCCUGCAAACCCGUGGAUGGACAAUGCAGUGGACAGUGGGAGGAAGCAUCCUAAAACUCUCUUUGCGGACCACCCUCUGUGAUUCUCCACUCUCCGACCACCCCAUCCAUGUCUGAUCUUCCUUUGGCAGAUCCAGCAACACUGCCAGAGAUUUUCUUUGUGUGAUCUAUCAAACUAUAUUAAAAAAAAGGUCCAGGAACAGGUCACUUAGGUUAAUCCUGUGUGAAAAAUUGUUAAUAUUUGUAUAUAUUUUUUCGUUCUUUAACUAUAAUUCAUGUUUUAGAAAUAUUCUUGUUUUAUUGUUGUUUACCUUUAAAUAUCAAUUUAAAACUCUUCAAAGUUUGAUUAAUGUUCAUACAUGUUAAA